AUGAAUGUGAGGUUGGUUGGUGGUCACAGUCGCUGUGCUGGUAGAGUGGAGGUUCUUCAUAGAGGUCAGUGGGGAACAGUGUGUGAUGAUCUCUGGGAUAUGGUUGAUGCUGCAGUGGUGUGUAGAGAGCUGGACUGUGGAGAACCUGUAGAUGCUCUGGGUGAUGCUCAUUUUGGAUCAGGAACAGGGCCAAUCUGGAUGAGUGUUAUAAUUUGUUCUGGAUCAGAGUCUACAUUGAAGAACUGUGAAUCGGCAGGAUGGGGUAAACGCACCUGUGGUCAUGAUGGUGAUGCUGGAGUCAUUUGCUCAGAAACACAAUUUUUAUUUAGAAAAAAUAAAAAACAUUUCUUUUGCAAGUUUCAUACUUCUGUUCUUUGUCCAGGUUACACUAACCUCAGACUGGUCAAUGGUCCUGACAUCUGUUCUGGUCGAGUUGAGCAUCAGUACUUCAGUAAAUGGGGCACAGUGUGUGAUGCAUGCUGGGAUAUGAGAGCUGCCAGUGUCCUCUGUAGACAGCUGAAUUGUGGGGUUGCUGUGUCUGUUGUGGGAUCAGACUGGUUUGGAGAGGGAAGUGGUGAAAUCUGGGCUGAUGUGUUUGAUUGUGACGGGAAUGAAACAAAACUCUCAGAAUGUUCCAUCUCUUCAUGGAGUCGAGCUGAAUGUUCUCAUAGACGAGAUGUUGGAGUCAUCUGCUCUAAUUCCUCUCUGGCUGUUCAUGAUGGUCUGGUGCGGUUGUCUGGAGAGAGACAGUGUGAGGGGGAGGUGGAAGUUUCCAUCCAUCAGGUCUGGAGGAGAGUUCUGCUGGACUCCUGGAGUCUCACUGAAUCCUCUGUGGUCUGCAGACAGCUGGGCUGUGGCUCUGUGCUGAACUUCUCCGGCUCCUCUUCAUCCAGUCCUGAACACAGUCAUGAGUGUGUGACGGGCUUCCAGUGCUCUGGGAGUGAAGCUCAUCUGGGGAACUGCAGCUCUCCACAAACUCUCAACUGCAGCUCCACACAACAGCUGUCAAUCGCCUGCCUUGGUCGCGGGUCCAUCAGGCUGGUGGGUUCUGGGGGAGACUGUGCAGGGAGGCUGGAGGUUUUUCACAGCGGCUCAUGGGGGACAGUGUGUGAUGACUCCUGGGAUAUUAAAGAUGCCCAUGUGGUGUGCAGACAGCUGCAGUGUGGAGUGGCCCUCAGUAACCAGCAGGUACCAGCCUGGUUUGGUCCUGGUUCUGGACCCAUAUGGCUGGAUGAGGUGGAGUGUGAGGGGAAUGAGACGUCCCUGUGGAGCUGCUCUUCUCCAGGCUGGGGAAAACAUGACUGUCAACACAAGGAGGAUGUAGGAGUCGUGUGCUCAGAGUUUAAAGAGAUCAGGUUAACUGAGGGCUGUGAAGGGAAUGUGGAGGUUUUCUACAAUGGAUCCUGGGGUAAUGUGUGUUACAAUAAGAUGGACAGAGACACAGCGAGUCUGAUCUGUCAAGAGCUGAACUGUGGAAGAUCUGCCAGUGAACCCAGUAAUUCAGAGGGACUGAAGUCUCAUAAUUGGCUUGAUUAUUUUAAAUGUCGACGUCAUGAUUCCACUAUAUGGCAGUGUCCAUCUUCACCCUGGGGACUGAAUGACUGUGAUAAUGAAGUGGCCAAGAUCACCUGCUCAAAGAAGGAGAAUCAUGAAUCUCCUCAGAGUCAUCUGACAUGUUUUACCUCACCAUCACCUCACCAGAGACAGUGUUCAAAUCAUGUUCCUCUCAGACUGAGUGGAGGGGAGGGCCGGUGCUCUGGGAGGCUGGAGGUGUAUCAUAACGCUGUGUGGGGCUCAGUCUGUGAUGAUCUGUGGGACAUCAGUGAUGCUCAGGUGGUCUGCAGGCAGCUGGGUUGUGGAGCAGCACUGAGGGCUGAUGGGAAUUCAACCUCUGAUGCUGGUAAAGGUGUUGUGUGGCUGAACAGAGUCGAGUGCAGAGGGAAUGAGAUUCACCUGUGGGACUGUCCUCUCUCCCUGAAGAACCACACUGACUGCUCCAACAAAGAUCACGCUGGACUCACCUGUGCAGAUUUGUCAGUGUCCACUACUCCUGCCACAACAACAUCAUCUUCUCCUCCAGUUUCUCAGACAGUGAGCUCAACAUCAGUCUCUCGUCCACAAACUCCUCCGUCUCUCUCUGUGCUUGUGAUUGUACUGGGAGUUGUGCUCUUACUGCUCUUAGUGCCACUGCUUAUACUGAUUCAGCAGAACAGAGUGAUGAGGAGAGCUCUCUCUGACUGGUACACAGGACUACACAGGGCUCCAAGUGAGGUAGUUUAUGAGGAAAUUUAUCACAGACAAAAUCACUUAAACCAUACAGGGAGUCUCAUCUCUGAAGAAUUGCGUCCUGGGCGUGGAGAUGUGGAGUCACUUCUCUUAGAGAGGGCGAAUGCAGGCACAUCAGGAUACUAUGAGGAAAUCAUCAUUGAUGGACCAAAACCCGAUCAUGAGACAGAUGACACUGCAGAGGACUAUGAUGAUGUCAUUACCAGUGGACAGACCUAUGGUACUGAAAAAGUGGACACGCCAGAGAAUUAUGAAGAUGUCAUCAUUAAUGGACAGUGCUCUCAAUGUGUAAUGGAGGGGGAUCAGGAGGAGUAUGAUGAUGUGUGGAGUAUCACUGAAGAUUUGAGAAACUUGUUAGACUAUGAUGAUGUGGAGGAGUCAAACAAUGAGAGAGAAACUGCAUGACUCAAUGGCCACGUCUACUGCCACUGUUUAUUACAGCUUCUGGAUGUUUUUUUUUUUUUUUUUUUUUUUGAAACAAUACUUUUAGGCCCAGUUUCACAUACAGGGCUUAGAUUAGAGCAUUUAGUUUUGUAAAUGUACCCUUGAAAAAUAACAUGACUGGUGUGCAUCUUGAGACAAAAACAAUGGCACUGACAUAUUUUAAGAAAUGUCAGUUCAAGUUGCUUUCAGUUAAAACAGUUAAAACAUGCAUUUUAGUCUAGGACUAGCUUAAGCCUUGUGUGUGAAACCGGGAGAUAGAGUUGCCUUUCAUUCUUAUUUCAAUAUUCUUUGAUAAACUACUUGAAUAUGGUCAUUAACACAAUCUCGAUAAAUUAAAUACUGCUAACAUUAUAAUUUCUAAACAUUGUUUAUUGUCAUGAUUUCCACAGUUCAGUGUUAUGAAUCAGAGUCAGGGUUAAAUGUUUCUACACUUAACCAUUUAUUUUCUCUUUCUGAGGAAUGUAGGAGAGUCUUCCAGUGACAAAACAUGAUAGUUACAAUGUCUUUCACAGAUGAAUUUCUGAACAUUUGUUAAAUAUACUGUAUGUUAGAAAACAUUGUUGAAGGAUGUUUGCAUAAAUGUUAUUCAGUGGCUGUGAAGUUGUACAUUUACACCAAUAGAAAAGAACUGUCCUAAUAACUUAAUUUCAUUACAUUGUGGGAUGCAAUAAUUACAUCUCACGCAAAACGAUUACUAAAUAUUACAAAAAUGUAUAUAUUGAAUCCUUAAGCCAACAGCAUUUUUAAGGGAAAGAUUUUUCUCAUUAUUUAAGAGUUCAUAAUGCUCAUCUCCUGAUUCCUGAAUUGUUCUGAUUCCAGCUAAAGAAUGUUAAAGACAAGAAUGAACAGACUCUUUUAAGAAUAUCAGAGAGGAUUAUAGGGUACCAUAUGUCAGAAUGAUUGAUUUAUGGCCCCUCAUAAAAAUAUCCCCCUCCCUCCGGACUGGACACCUGUUUGGACACCUGUUUUGGCCACCUGUUUUUGUCCUCCCCCACUACCCCACUACCCCUCCCUACUACCCCCACUAAGGAAUUUAUGACUGUGUUUUGGACUUUGUGUGUUUUUGAAGUGAAAAUGUUUGAAAACGAUGCUUAAACUUUAAAAUGUAAAACAGUGUAUCGGGGUGACAGGCAUGGGUUUUUAAGGGAUGUUUUUAUUAAAGAAAGUUAUUUCACAUAUUUAAAUGUUUUUAAAAAUACAUUAAUGAAUUGUACAAUUAAAACACAAAGACAAUUUAAAAUGUUGUUAGAUUUUCUGAAACAAAAGUAUCAAACAAACGCAUUAACAUUAAGUAUAUUAAACAAUAGUUGUUAAAAGACAAAUGGGGUUUUAAAAAGCAAAAACAUUUCUAACAUUUACUUUUAAAGUUUUUUAAC